CGUUCCCUGAGUCUGCCUUGGUUGCUGUAGUUUCUGAGAAAGAAAAAAGACGCCGCCUAAUGAACCAGGAGAGAGUCGUUUGUUUGAAGCUUGUUUUCAGCAUUAAAUGAUCUAUAACGUAUAAUACCGACAUUUGUACUUUGGGAUAUUACUACCUCCGUUUCGUUGUGGCGAUUGCUGGCUACCGAGUCGUUGUUGUGUUAUAAAAAGAAGAUUACAUGUUUUAUGUUAUUUGAUCGAGUUUGCUCAGUGUGGGGUAAUGAGGGACCGGUUGGCCGAUCUGACAGGCUGUAGCAAGAGUGAAGAUGAAGAAGCCACUGUCACUAUUGAGAAAGACCAGUCACUGGAUGGAUUCUUCCAAAAUGUUGAAGAAGUUCGAGGCCUUAUUGAUAAAAUUGCAACUCAUGUAGAGGAAGUAAAAAAGAAACACAGUAUCAUCCUGUCUGCCCCGAAUCCUGAGGAAAAAACACAGGAAGAACUUGAGCAGCUUAAUAAUGAAAUCAAGAAAAAAGCCAAAAAAAUUCAGUCAAAGUUAAAGUCAAUGGAACAAAACAUUUCCCAGGAACAAAACCAACAUUCAGUGCGUCACCGGAUGCAAGACACGCAGCACUCGGUGCUAUCUCUGAAGUUUGGGGAAGUCAUGACGAAAUACAAUGAAACUCAAAUAGCAUUUCGGGAAAGAAGUAAGGGAAGAAUACAGAGGCAGCUGGAGAUAACUGGUAAAGUGACCACAGACGAUGAACUGGAAGACAUGCUAGAAAGUGGCAACCCUUCAAUUUUUACUUCUGAUAUCAUCUCAGACUCCCAAAUCACUCGGCAGGCGUUGAAUGAGAUUGAAUCACGACACAAAGACAUCAUCAAACUGGAAUCGAGCAUUAAGGAGCUGCAUGAGAUGUUUGUGGACAUGGCCAUGCUCGUGGAAUCUCAGGGGGAAACGAUAAAUAACAUAGAGAAACACGUGGCAAAUGCAGCUGACUAUGUAGGACAUGCCAAAGAAGAAACAAAGAAAGCCUUGAAAUACCAGAGUAAAGCAAGAAGGAUAAAAAUGACCCUCAUAACGACUUGGAGUAAAUAGGUUUGAGGAUCUAGCCCUGUGUGCUUUAAUAAGAGGAUUCACGCUCUCAAGAUACAUUUUAUCUUGUGCUGUAUAUUAUUUAAUAUCUUUCAAGUUAAAUACUGGUUAGUAAUAAGUCUAACUUGCAAUGCAAUAUUCCAUAUCCAGUCCCUUUGCUUUUUUUGAUUUUUGCCAGAAUAACAAUACUGUUGUUUGCAAUGGAAUGUUCCCUAACCAUUUUGCUAAUCUUUUUGCCAGAAAAGUUUUAUAAUUGCCAUAGUUGUGGUGAUUCUUCUUGGUGUAAUUGCACUAAUCAUCGGUCUCUCUGUGGGAAUUAAGUAGUUCCUCUUACCUGCUGCACAAGGUAACUAUCAUAACAAAACUGCUGCUUCAACUGAACUUGUUGUUUUUUCAUCUAUAUUUGCUUGAAUUAUAAUUUAAAUUCUUAUAUUAGAAAGCAUUAACAUACAGAUCGAAUGUCCUUUGUAUUUUUUUAUUGAAUAUUAUUUUAAACAAGCUGUCAUGUUUUUUGUCAUCUUUCCAUUUUACUGUUAGCUGCCUUAAUUAUAAUAAUUUGAAUGUGACAUAGUUGUUAUAGCAUAUGAACUGUAUUCAUACCUUUUUACAACUUUAUUCCUACAACAUCACAUAGAAUAUGUACAAUAUGCAAGUCAACAAGCACACUUCUAGAGAUGAACUACUAAAUUCAUAUGCAUUAGAUAGUUAACUUAUUUCUUUGUUUUUUUCAGAAAAUGUUUCUGCUGUCUAUUUGUGUGGUUGUUAGUCUCAUCAUUUUGGCUAUUAUCAUCGCUGUGUCUCUGUCAUAGCACCUGUCUACUGCAGACACAGGAGUCUGCAUCAUCUCAAACUGGAGGAGGAAACCUGAGCACCUCUGAACAUUUCAAACUGUUGUAAUUAGCAUCUGUGUUUCUAAAUAACACUAAUUCUAAUCUAUGGUGGGGAAUUGAGCUUCCAGACAGCUUUAAUCAAGACAUGGUUUAUAAUCUAAGACGCACAUUCUUUUCUGUUACACAGUUUCAAGUUUCAAUGCCAUCUGGACUUGUGUCCACAUUUAGUAAUCAAGCCCAUGUUCUGAGUUGUGUUUAUCUCCAGAUUCCCCACCACAGAUAUUUUAUUGCUUGCACUCCGCAAACAUAAGAUUUGAGAAAAGAAUAGUAUUUGCUAUUUGUUUUUGUACUAAACAUUUAAUCUUGUCACUCCAAAAUGUAAAUGUUAAGUAAAUGUGCAACCUUUAUUUCUGUUUGUAAAUUAGACCCUAAGGUUUGCAGCUUGGAUAGUGAUCAUUAAAUAUUACAGAACGGGACUGAGAAAUGUGUGGGUUUGAAAGGAUAGCAACUAUACUGUUAAGGUAGUCCAAGAUUAGUGCUAAUCGGCACCUGUGAAACAGCUGUAAGAGUCUUAACAAAAUGCACACUCCAAUGUUAGGGAGGAGUGUGUUGACAGACCUCUAAUGGACCAGGUAUGGACCAGUCAGAUAUUCUUUUUUGUUUGUUUUAUUCAAAUUACACUGGAUUUGUGUUACUGCCAAAUGCUUUUCCAUGAAAGAAAGCUGUCAGAAAGCAAACCCACGCAUGCCUUCGUGUUUUGUAUAAAGGUUAAGUGUGUCAUAAACGUUGAACAGCUUCACUUUCUAUUGGAAUGGAAUUUUCGAUACAGAUACCAAAUAUGAAAUAAAUAAUACAUAAAUAAAUACGUUUGUUAUGAUAGUAUAUAAACCUGAACUUUCGUAAUGGUUUUUACAGUUAUUUAUAAGUAUGCUAUUCAAAUCAUUUAGAAUGGAACUAGUGUGUGCUUUGCAGUCACCAUAAAAGCAGCAAGUAGGAGUCUUAAAGUUCAAACUACACCUGAAACUUUACAAGAUUCCAUCUGGAGGGCCUUUGUAUAGUUGGUUAUGUGACCCUACAUUAGAUGAAGUUACCGUUCUGUGCUUGUCUUGGUGAAUCUGGUUGCGUUGACAAUGCUAUCGUGAUACAUACUGUACAUACAGCAGGUGUUGGGGCAGCAUGCUUGUUGAAGAGUACUGUAGUGUACUGCAUGCACUGUUGAAUUGCCUCAACAGCACAAAGACAGAGAUGCUUCAGUCUUCAUACCUACAACUCGGGAGGUAUGAUGAGAUGAUAAGGUGCAUUUACAAUGUAUUUUUGAUACCAGAAGUACAACAAGAACAAUACCACACAUAUUUUGAAUAUGAUAUUGGGGUAGUAAGCUUUUGUCUUCACAGUUUAUUUUACAGUUUUCCAUAGAUUUCCAUUUAUUGGAAAGUUAAGCAUCCGUUUCAAGUAACCCAUUCAAACUUGGGUUUAUUAAAUUGAAUGCCAUUAUUUCUUAAAUGAUCAUGUCCAUGUUAAUUUCCUUUUUCUAUAAUAACUUGGGAGGUAUGAUCAUAUAUACCAGAUUGACAGUUUUGAAACCUUGUUUAUUUCCAGAAAGAACUACAAUAAUAUACAAUGUCAUGAGAGAACUGGAGUACUGGAUAUACUGGUUUUGAAUGUUAAAAAACAGAAAAGACCAGUGCCUUCCAAUAUUUGUUUUCAAGAAAUAUAUAUAUAUAUAUAUAUAUAUAUAUAUAUAUAUAUAUAUAUAUAUAUAUAUAUAUAUAUAUAUAUAAGAGCUGUUUACAAAAUUAAUUUAAACCAAAAAGCUUUUUGUCUGUUACUAGCUCAGUACCACAUCUUAGUAAUGUUUGUGGCUUGUAUAGAUAUUUUACAGUAUAUCUUAACACUGUAACAGCUUAAUUAAUUGUUGACAGUAGAUUAACAAAAAAAAAUAAUAAAUGAUGUUACCCAAACCAAAUAUGAAUUGUG